AGAAAAAAAACUUCAUCACAUCACUAAACUUAUGGAGAAAAAAAUAUUUUCUCCUCUGAGAGAGUUUAAGCCACACCUGCUCAUGCUCCUAACCCAAGUUGGCUACACUUUAAUAUAUUUUAUCACUGAAGCUUCCUUCAAUCAUGGAAUGAGUCCUUAUGUUUAUGUUACGUACCGGCACAUUGUCGCCGGGGUUGUAAUGUUUCCUUUUGCGUACUUUCUGGAGAGAAGUGUAAGACCAAAGCUGACAUUUGCUCUCUUUGGGGAAAUUUUUGUUCUUUCAGUGUUAGGGAUAAGUUUGUCUAUCAAUUUGUACUUUGCAAGCCUGAAGUAUACUUCUCCAACCUUUCUUGCUUCCAUGUACAACACCAUUGCUUCCCUUACCUUCCUUAUUGCAGUGGUGCUCAGGUUUGAGAUUGUUGAUGUUCGAAAUCCACGUGGCAUAGCAAAAGUACUUGGGACCUUGAUCUCCUUAGCUGGUGUUAUGACCAUGACACUAUACAAAGGUCCUUUAAUGAGAAAUUUGUGGGAACCUCUAAUCCAUAUUCAACCAAAAAGUGCUUCUAUCAAUAAGAGUUGGAUAAAGGGUUCACUUCUUACGGUUACAUUUUGUGUCACAAUUUCUAUAUCGUACAUUAUGCAGGCAUCUACUUUAAAAAGAUAUCCUGCUCAAUUAUCACUCACUACAUGGAUGUGCUUUAUGGGAGCAAUACAAUCAGCUGUUUUCACAGUAAUAGCAGAACGUAAUAACCCUUCAGCAUGGAUUAUAGGAUUCAACAUUGACUUGUGGUCCAUAUUAUAUGGGGGAAUUGUUGUUGCUGGAUUUUUGACGUACAUUCUACUAUGGUGCACUGAGAAAAAAGGGCCAGUUUUUGUCACAGUGUUUAACCCUCUUUGUACUAUAUUUGUGGCAAUUCUAGCAUACUUCGUCUUUGGUGAAAAACUUUAUUUGGGCAGCAUUAUAGGUGCAUUUAUCGUCAUCAUGGGUUUGUAUUUGUUGCUGUGGGGGAAAGAAGGUGACAAAGUGGUCGAUUUCAAGACCAAAGAUAUAUCGCAGUGCAAUAGUGACCAUCCAUAACGCAGGCGGCGAUUAUGUUAUUGGCCGUUUUAACAGUGGGAAGAAAAAUAACAGGAACAUCCUUACGGCCACGGCACGAUGUUUUGGUCGCGACUGACCAACCAUUACAGCUGCAAAAAAAGAACACAAAUUUCCAGAUCCUAGUCAUCACCUCCUUUUUAUUUACAGCUCCGUUACUCCUUUGAUUUCCAGAUCUAUUCUCCUCCACCCACUCUCUUAAUUUUGGCGUUGUUGUGUAAGUGUGUAACAUAGAUGAAAUGAGAUUUUAGUGAGAAAAAAAAAGUUGGAAUUUUGAGUUUGAGUUUGUCUUUGUGCGAAUAUAUGGUUGUGAGUUCGGACUAUAGAGAUGAGAUUUUUGGUGUUUAUGAAUU